CCCCGGGAUAAAUAUGUAAUUCCUAUCGUAUCAUAUUAUAAAGUUAAUGCAUUGGAUUCGUCCAAAUCGCAUAAACUUCACUUGUGUGUUCAUUUUCUUGAAAAACGCAGCUGGUGCAAGGAUGAUCUUCGAACCUUGAACUUUCCGGUUGGAAAAUUUCUGCUCUUGUAACCAGCGUCUCCGAGCGAGGCACAUCACAUUUUAACCAGUAGAAACUAGUGGAACUCUCUGUAUGCUGCAAUACGACUCCAUCUUGUUCACCAGAUACAUAGAUUACUGGCGUUGGGCUUUACUGGAGAAUACACCAAACUCACUUACGAAUUAAUUCGCGUCCAGACAGUCACACCUGAACGAAACAAAUUGCUGAAGAUUCUGAGAUUGCUGUGGAGUCGGGCUUUCUAAUUUCUGCGUUUACAUUCUCGUUUCUGCUUUAUUUUUGGAGUUUGAACAAACAUAAGUAAAACUGAAAUGGAACGCCAUCCCACUAUUUAUCUCAAAAACCUCCAAAUUUCUGGAAAUACUCGUGCAAGUUGUCUUUUCCACAGGAAAAGACUUGAAGACUUUGAGUCGAUGUAUGUUCAAAAUUUGAAUGCUCAUUAUGGAUGUAUCAAUGCUCUUGAAUUCUCUAAUGAAGAUGGAAAUUUUCUUGCAUCAGGUGGAGAUGAUAAAAGAGUUGUACUUUGGAACCUGACACUUGCAAUGUUAAAACCGAACUAUCAACCUGUGGUAAUGCAUGCGACUCAUCUUUCCAACAUUUUCUGUUUAACAUUCAAUAUGACAGAUGACAAAUUGAUAUCUUCGGGUAAUGAUGGUCAGGUAAUUCUUCACGACUUGCACACAAAUAAUCUGGUGGAUGUUUUCAUGUGUGACAACUCUGUGUAUGGAUUAUCUUCUAGUCCAAGUAAUGAACAUUUGGUUGCUGCAGCUUGUGAAGAUGGCACAGUUCACAUUAUUGACACCAGGCUUACAAAAGCAGAUGGACUUUGUUUGGCACGGAGAUCAUCAGCUUUUCAUAGUGUUAUGUUUAGUCCAGUAGAUCAUCAUUUGAUUGCAACAUCACAUUCCAGAGAUGGAAUGGCAUUAUGGGAUAUAAGAAGCCCAAAAAAGGAAGUGCUGCAUUAUGGACAAAAAGGUUCAAAACAAAGAGCCAUGAGUGCAAGAUUCAACAAGACUGGGAACCAAUUACUUUGUCUCCGACGUCGACAAUGUCUUGCCUUGUAUAAUAUCAGUGAUAGUAAAAGUAUUGCUGAAUUUGAUUGUGAUGGAUAUUCAAAUUACUGUACAAUGAAAAGUUGCUGUUUUGCUGGUGACAAAGAUCAGUAUAUUGUAUCUGGAUCUGAUGACUUCGGUGUUUACAUGUGGAAAUUGCCUGGAGAAUAUGAAGAAAAACGUCAACAUGUUGGCAAUGCUUUCAAGGUCCUAAGAGGACACCGGUCUAUUGUUAAUCAAGUAAGGUUCAACAGACAUUCAAAUCUUCUUGUAUCCUGUGGUGUUGAAAAAAUGGUCAAGUUAUGGAGUACAGAGCGUUUACCUAUGGGUGGUGGUGAUGUUUUUCCAAGCUGUGAAAAACCUCGAAAACGAUACUCUCACAAUGAAUACAUCCAGCUUAUAUUUGAAAGUUCCGGAAUGGUACAUGAUUAUCAUGCUGAAGAUAUGGAGGAAGAUCCCAAAAUGCUGGCAUUUUUUGAUAGUCUUGUUCAACAUGAAGCUGACGAUAGGACUUCCGAUUCAUCAAACUGUGAUUCAUCAGUGGCAAUUCAGUUGAAUGAUUACUUCAUCACUCAUGAAGAAAAUACGACCAAUUCAGAGAGUUUGACGAGCGAUGAUGGAGGACCUGCAAGUCUUGAUACUUUGGGAAUAGGUGAUGCAACAACUAAUAAAUCAGCUGCGCAAAAAGCAUCGCAAAAGAAGCUUCGGAGAUUACGAGAAAAGGUGAAGGAGGAUAGUGAUUGGCGGGUACAAGACUUUGAAGAGAAGUCCAGUUCUGAACUUCCUCGAACAUCUUGUAGUAACUCUGACGAAAAACUUGAAGAUGACCAACCUACCACUUCGACAUCAGUGUCGAGCGCGAAAGUAAUUUCUCCAGUAAAGACCAAACGUAGGAGAAAAGAGCGAGAGUCUGUCAAAGCGUGUUCAAGCGAUACCAGUGAUUCUGAAAAUGAAGCAGCACGGACUAGACAAAGAAAUGCACACAGACGUGUAAGACGGCCAUUUAGAAUAUCACAGUCGAGUGAUAAUGGUAGUCCUAGUACGAGUGGAUUAUGUUCGAGCACAUUUUCAUCUAAUAACAUUGAUCCACAUUCCAAUGGCCAAUCAUGAAUCAAAGAGUUAUUUUUUCCAAUCAUGUAUGUGUAGUGGUUUGCGACCUUUAUCAAAAAUUUUUUCUGUACCAAGUUCUAGUUAUCACACCCUGGUUAUUAUUUUUGAUUUGAGAAAAAAUAUUUGAUUACGGUUGCAAAACACUGCCAUUUUGUGUAUGAUAAAUACGAUACACCUUGUUGCCUUAACCCUGUUGACGACCACUGAGUUUGCAAAUCCUUAUUAUAGAUAAAUAUUAUGUUUGUUUAAUUUGUUUUGUUAUCAUUAUGUUUCUGCAAACUGCCUCGCACUUACCACUGCUAAACUAUAAUAAAUGUUCUCGUUUUUUUGCAGCUAUA